AGCCAUUGAUAUAGAUAUACAUCCGUGGUCUGUAUAUCUGUAUAUCUUCCUUUGGCCGUCUUAUUAUUUCUGUAGGGUAUCUGAUAACUAGCAGUGCGUAGCUGUUUAUUGCCCGGUUCUUGUUCUUGCCCUUGAGCUGGCUUCUCAGGACUUGCCAUACUUGUUGGAGGUAUUUGGCUGUUGCAAAAUUAAUGUUAUUUCUUACUUGGAUGCAAAACUGCUGUUUCAGAAUUUAUUUUCUUUGCUUUGGGAUCUAAAGUAAAAACGGGGGACGUGGUUCUUGGAAGUUUAAUCUUUAAAUAAAAAAAAUCAUCAAUUUUGGAAUUAUAAAACAUAACUUCUGAUUUAAUGUCUACAUCAAAAAACGUCUAAUUGCUUAAAGGCUACUUUUGUACAAUACAUCGUCUAUGUCGAAAUAAGUCAAAACUUUAUUCAAAUCUUUUUAUUUGAUGUAAGCAGUAUGAUUAAAAAUAAAUGAUAGUAACAAACGUGUUAAAGUAAUUUAUUUAACUUUUUUUUAUGAACCACAAUAGUACAUUUUUAUUUAACAGAUUACCUUUUACUUGUGAAGACGUGUAAAUCACACAAUCUUCUUACUUAAUGCAAUUAAUCUCUUAAAUGAUACUUUAUAUUUAUCUUCUUGGUUGAUUUUGAUUUUCAAGAUUGUUGUUGUAAGAUGUUUUUUUCACGUUUGAAUAAAUAAAAAAAGAAAAAGAAAAAAAAGAAUCUACCCUCCGGAAGUCUUUCGCCAAUGGGCGGAAGUAGGUCCGUCCUCGAAAUAGUUCCGACGUGUUUAGCAGCAUUUAUGUAUGUGUAUGUAUAAUACAGGAGCUUGUAGCUCGUAUUUGGAGCAAGCUUUAUGAACAAUUAAAAAAUAUAUAGUGCGUGAAUGGGACAAUAAAAUCCUACAUACGAUGAGUGGGACUGUGAGUGCAACUAUAGAGGACAUGAAUACACAAAUUGUCCAGGCUGUACGUGUGGAGGACACAAUGUCUUCCGCCUCUGCAGGAAUGUCCGACUUGUCCGAUGAGAUCCUGCUGUGCAUCCUGCGUCAUGUUCCAGUGUGUGACUUGCUGACAAAUGUGGCCAACGUCUGCCAAAAGUUACACACACUGUGCCAUGACAAGUCCCUACUCACUAAAGUUAGAUUGUCCGAGGAAUACCUGGCUGAUGAUCACUUGGUUCGCGUCAUACUGAAGCAGCUAGCCAACCGUGUUCAGUGUCUCAGCCUAAACGGCUGUUAUUGGCUUUCUGGUUCCACCAUGGAGUAUCUGUCCCGCUGCAGAGGAGUGACGCAUCUGGAUGUCACGGGCUGCCGCCUCACCUCCAUUUGCCUGUCUCGUCUCCUCUCCUCCCUGUCUCUGCUCAAAUCCCUGGCCUUUGACGUGCGGCCGUGCUUCAACUCCGCUCUGCUGAGCUCCGAGGCGGUGGACUCUCUCAGCCGCCUCACUGAGCUCAGGCAGACCCUUUUCACGCCGAGUUACGGAGUGGUGCCCUGUUGUGCCCAACUUCGCAAGCUGAUGCUGCAGUUCGAUAUCCCAGAUGUGACCAGAGAGGGAGUGGGUGUGAGCUGCCAGCUAAUGGUUGGUCAGAGCAGUGUGCCGCAUUACGAACAACUGGAGGAGUUCACUGCACGGCUGGCUCCAGGAGAAGUGAACCAGACGUUGCUGCUCCUCUACCUAGCAGUGUUCAGCGUUCACGUUCCCAAGCAUCUCCGAACUUUCCUGGUGUCCAUCCCUGGCCCCAACCCCGCGCACUGGCCCGCUGCACCCUCUUUAGCUCAGAGUUUGGGUGAACGAGGAGACCUGGUGGCCCUGCAGUUGCCCCGCUCCUGGUUAAAUCAUUUGUCUUUGAAGCGGGCCCUGGAGGGCAACAGCCCCAAGCACCUCAGCUUCAGCCGUUGCCCCGCGCUGUGGCCCCAGGUGUUCCAGUCGCUGCUGAACGGAGGAGUCCGAGACGCCACACAGCUGGUUAGCCUCAACCUGAGUGGGAUCAACCACUCUCCGUACUCUGACUGCAGGAGUGUGGAGGAUCAGCUGGUUGUUGGCUCUGUGAGCCAGCUGGCUGUCGCCUGCUGCCACAUGAAACACUUGAAUCUGAUGCACAACCAUUAUCAUCAUGAGCACCCACCUGGGCUUGGCACGGAAAAACACCUGUGUGACAGCCUCGCCAAAUUCAGGCACCUGCGCUCCCUCACGCUGCCUGCCUGUGCUCUGUCAGACGGCUUAAAUACACAUCAAGUUUCGCUUCGCAGCACGGCUCACUCCUCCUUGUUCCAGGGGUUGAAGAAAGCUCCUCGAGUUGGUAUCCAGAAUUACAAGCCAGACCCGGAAGCGCCUCCUCCAAGCGACGGCACGUCGGGACUGUCUCUGCUCGCGGCUGGCUGUCCUCAUUUGGAGACUUUGGAGGUCAUGGGCUCGAGUUUCGUCUCUGCGCUUCCUCGGCUCGAGCCUUGCUCCCGUGCCAACAUAGAGCUCCGCGGCAUUUGUGCUUGGGCAAGAACCAUUGGUGACUCCCACUUAGCUGCGCUGGAGGCUCUGCCGCAGCUUCGGCGCUUGACUCUGGCAGGACUUCCGGGAGUCCUCCGGGGAACCGGAUUGAUCCAGCUUUCCCAGCAGUGCAGAGAUCUGCGAGUGCUGUCGCUCGCUAAUCUGGGAUCACUGAAAACUAUGAACUACUCAUGUGCCUUGCUGGAUGCCAUCAAGCAGUGUGCACAGCUGCAGGAACUCAGGUUAGAGCAGCCUUAUCUGAACGCCAACGCGGCUUUCUUUGAGGCUCUGUCCUGCUGCUCCCGCCUGCAGCGUGUCUGUCUCAUCUCACGCAGCGGCACCUUUGACCCGUCAGCCACAGAGGCCUUCGUGGAGAAAAGCUCUGAGCUCAUCAUGUGCCACAUGUUGAUGGGCGGCACUUUGGUGGCCUGUCGAACGCUGCAGAAAACUUUAUUAGAGAGAUUUUCAGCCAAGCGCCCAGCUCUCAGCGUGGUCAUCUAUCCGUUACAUCAUGAGGACCUGCCCUCAGUCAUCAGAGGCAUUCCUCUAACACUGCUGGAUCAGAUCACCUUAUUCCAGAGCCACGUUGCACAGCCACCACGCUUAUCACCACUGUGAUUCAGUGUGUUGCUGCUGCAACCAAAAUGCACAAGAAACAUUUUUAUUAUCAUGUCAUCAGAUCGCACAUUGCAAAUAAGUUUUUCAGGUCAACAAUGCGUCAAACUGCGUUGUUUACAUUUACAGAACAAUAAUUAUGGUGUUUAAAGGGACUUUCAAAUUUUUAUUUUUUGGACUUUUAUUGUGUGCCAUCCCAUGGCUUUUCUGUUAUGAAUUAUUUCUGAACUAACACCACUUUGUUUCCUAAAAAUAAUAAGCAAGAGUGGUUCCAGAAACAAAAGGAAAUGGUUGUUCUAGGACUAAGUCUUUGCCUCUGAAGCUGAUUAUAGUGUGAUGAUUUAAUAAACAGCCUAAAUAUUUUUUUAUA